AUGCCUUUCAAAGUGAACUAUCCCAGGAAGGCCCGCAGAGUCAACCUUCGCGGAUUCUUCAGGAUGGCCAGGAGCGAGCCUGCGAUGUCCACCGCGGACGAGGCCCUCGCAGGAGGUGACCUUGAGAUGACCGACGACGUGGCUUCGGACCCUGGUCAGACUUCAACUCAGCGCCAUGUGCAAGCUGGUCAAGACCAGAUGAUUAGGAUGCCAUCGGGGGAUGAGACUCAGACUGCACAUGCACUGGUGCCAGGAAUCUUGUCGGGUCCUCUACCUCAGCAGGUGACGGCAGACACUGAGAUGGUCCUGAAUGAACCGCCUAUCUACAAUGUCAAGCAUCCGUUAGGAAUCGUUGACUACCAUCUGUAUCUUGCUUGCAUCGAAAAGGGAAAAGAUGCCACGGUGAGACGCAACAGCUUGUACUUGUACGACGGCACAGAUUGUGAGCCAGUCGCGUACCACAAUCUCUUUGAAGAUGAAAUAUACACCGCCAAUGGAUCUGGCAGUCGGCCCCAGCUGCUAUUCGCCGUCCUGCCAAUUGCAGACAAGGGUGCCAACUUCAGCGGGAAACACUAUGUUCUGUGCUAUGAUUGGCGACUCAGAACGUUUCUUGCUCGGAGUUUCAACUGGCUUCCUGGUGAUAUCCGUGACAUCUGGGCGGUUUGGAGCGAGGGUCUGACUGUGUAUACCAUCACGAUCCCGCGAUUGUUCAGCCUUCUGCAGCUUGUCUUCCUACAGCGCAAAGGCAAAGCUGGCGAAGGCAUCCUCAGUUCCAGUCCUCUUUGUCGAAGCCUCCAGGUGAGCGACGAUCCCGGCAUGGAGAUGGUCAUCGCCACCCUCUUCAUCCAGUUUGCCGAGGAUUUCGUCGACGUGAUCUUCAUUCAGGAGGAUUGGCACAAGCAGAAAUUCCGGCACCAACUCAACAAAUAUGAAGACCAGUGCCGGCGGGUGCUGCAGUGCGCGUCUUACCGGGCGUGGUUUGCGAUUCGCUCCGAUGCAUCGAUGGGGGAAAAAUACAGCCACAAGGAUGACUUCAAACGAUUCAUCAACGACUUGUACACGUUUGAACAAUCGGAGGAGGAGAUUGCCGCUCUGAUGCAGACUGAUGUAUCUCCUGACACCGAAUGGCCAGCUCCAAGCCUCGAAGCCUGCGAGCUGAUCCGGAACCAGAUCCGAGAACAGCGACGCGAAGCUGCGGCCGAAAGUCUGGAGAAAUUGUUUGCCAUACCGGACGAUCUUCCCACAAUGGAAUCGCCGGGUCAAGCAUUCGAAAGGAUGAUGACGAAAGCGGGCGAAAACCCGACACCUGCUGCGUCCUACCCCCCUGGUGCUCCCAGAACCCCAUCGCCCCGAUUCCGCCAUAGAUCGACUAUGCAGGAAUGCUUGAGCCCCGGUUCCCCCGGCAUCGUGUGUGAGGCAGAAGAGGACCAUGAUGGGUUUGAAGUCACUGAAUAUCAUAAAAUACCUCUGGAGCUCCUCUUGCGCCGCACACUUGAUCUUCUCAAAGAGCGCCCCGAGUUGGAUUCCUUCAACAACCGAGGACGGUUCGGAACCCUCUACACUGAUAUUGGGAUCUGCGUGCGCAAGAAGUCCACCGAUAAGCUCGCGCUGGCGCCACCCUUGGGGUAUGAGAAUGAUAGCUGGAAGUUGACGGUGCAAUCAGAGUCUGAGCCACAGACUGAUGGAGAAGCUGAUCAGCCCCGUCGCCUCCUCCCAGCCCCUCGGAUCGACUAG